GUGAGAAGCUCCGAUCCCAGCCACCUCUGACGGUGCUGCGGGCUAACUCCUAGUUCAUCUGUACUCGCAGAUCGCAACGAACGAAAUAAACCAGAGCAUCGUUCUUCAAGCCAAGGACCCUUGUCAUCGAUCAGAGCGGUGAUCAAGAGAUCUUCUCGACCUUCUAUUCAGAGUGAGCUUCAUCGAGACAGGAGACGCCCCGAGAUCACCAUUGUGGCAGCUGAGCCGCUGAGGCCCACCUCAUGGUUCCCAGGGGCCCCACCCCCAGGACUGGGAUUUUCCCCAUCUUCUGCAGCAGGCCCAUGGAGGUCCAGUGAGCUGGUUCCUGCUGAGCUCCCCCCAUCUUAUGAACAAGUCAUAAAAGAAAUCAACCAAGUUCAAGUUAAUACUACAAAUAACAAUAAUGCUGCUGCCACUCCAAGGCACACUAUCACUUCUGCAACGCAGACUGACUUUUCAGAAGAAGUAGACAACCAUCUGCCUCAAACACUACAGGCUCCUCUCAAGCCUCUUCAGCCUUCCCUGGCCGUCUCAGCCUGUGAUCUUCUGACAAAUGUGGGGCCUUUAAUAGUCUUUGAUAUUGCUGAAGAACAGACUUGUCCAGGAAAUGCCAAUGCUACAAGAUGUCCAGUGCCAAGACCGAGAUCCAAAAGCAACCUCAGACCAGUAGCCAGAGAUACUCAAAUUGAAGAGCAGAAUCACCAGAAAGACAGCCACGCACCUUCCCCCAGCCAGCGCCCAUCUCUGCUGGACAGUACCAACGACGUGGACAGUCGGGCAGUGAUGAACAUUAUGAACACCGAACCAAGCCAAAAUAGGCUUGUUCCACGGAUCAAAGCAUUUGAGGGUCAGACAAAUACAGAAACUUCGGGGCUGUCGAAGAAACCAGAAAUUGUUCCCCGCUCGCUCCCCGCCAGGCCUGCUGUUUCCUCAGGGAAACCCUCAGUGGCUCCCAAACCAGCUGCUAACAGAGCCUCUGGAGAUUGGGAGUCCUGGGCUGAAAACAGACCCAAGUUGGCCUCCCGGGAGGGGCUUACCUCACACUCCUCAGUACAAGAAGCAGGGGCCAGUUCAGCAACCAAACCUCAACUGCCAAAGAAACCAAACCCUGGCCUUAAACGAAGCGUCAACCACGAGACUGCGGGAGGGGGGCCCUCGGCUGAGAGCCCAAAUGGUGAGAAGAAGGCCCCAGUGCCUGCUCCUCGGCCUUUGCUGCCCAAGAAAACAGGGUCCUCAGAAAACCCCUCCCAGCCUGCAGUUUUGCUGAAACCGGUCGCUGUUCCUCCCCGACUCUCAGUGGCAUCACAAGCCAAAGUAUUCAGGUCACUGGGAGAAGGAGCCCCAGCCAACCCCCCAGCUCCGGUCCUGCAAAGCAAGUCUCCUGGGGACUUUGACCUCAUCAGUUUCGAUGACGAUGUUUUACCCACCCCAUCUGGAAACCUGGUGGAAGAAUCUGCUGGCUCAGACAUGGUUCUGGAUCCCUUUCAGCUUCCCACAAAAACAGAACCAACAAAAGAUCGAGCAGUUCAACCAGCACCCACCAGGAAACCCACUGUGAUUCGAAUUCCAGCCAAACCAGGAAAAUGUUUACAUGAGGAGCCACAAAGCCCACCACCUCUCCCUGCUGAGAAACCUAUUGGAAGCACUUGCAGUACAGUACCUGGAAAACUCAAUAACGUUGACAGAACCAGGAACCUGGAAUCCAACCAUGCUGGCCAAACAGGAGGAUCUGUGCGAGGACCCCCAAGAUUGCCGCCACGACCUGUAAAUGGGAGAGUCAUUCCAGCCCGACAACCUCCUCCCAAGGGAGCUCCUGAAAGACCACCUCCCCCCAAACUUCCUGCAAACAGAGCAGCCAAUAGAAAACUGCCUUUCAGUCGAUCUUCUUCUGACAUGGAUCUUCAGAAAAAGCAGAAUAGCUUCGCAUCUGGACUCUCAAAAGCCAAGAGUCAAGUCUUUAAAAAUCAAGAUCUGGUGCUACCCCCUCGCCCCAAACCAGGACACCCUCUCUACAGGAAAUACAUGUUGUCAGCACCUCAUGGGAUUGCCAGUGAAGACACCGUCUCGCAAAACCCCGGAGAACUCUCUUGUAAGGAGCCAAGCCAUGCUCAGAAGCCUGCUGACAGGAGCGCGCCUCAUGCUGUGGUGCUGCACGACUUUGCAGCAGAACAAGCUGAUGAUUUGAAUCUUGCUUCUGGAGAAAUUGUUUAUCUUCUGGAAAAAAUUGGUACAGAUUGGUAUAGAGGGAAAUGUAGAAGCCAGACAGGCAUGUUUCCUGCCAACUACAUCAAAGUUAUUAUCGAUGUUCCAGGAGGAGGAAAUGGGAAAAGAGAAUCAGUGUCAUCCAGUUGCAUUAAAGGCUCAAGAUGUAUUGCUCGAUUUGAAUACAUUGGAGACCAGAAAGAUGAGUUAAGUUUUUCAGAGGGUGAAAUUAUUAUUCUCAAGGAGUAUGUGAAUGAAGAAUGGGCCAGAGGAGAACUUCGAGACAGGACUGGGAUUUUCCCCCUUAACUUUGUGGAACUUGUUGAAGAACCACCCACCUCUGAUGUAGAUGUUUUAAGCACACAGGUAGCCCUGAAGACCAAAAAGGAAGAUUCUGGCACAAAUUCUCAGGCUAGCUGUCUGUCCAGAGAAUGGUGUGAAGCUCUUCACAGUUUUACGGCAGAGACCAGUGAUGACUUAUCCUUCAAGAGAGGUGACCGGAUCCUCAUCCUCGAGCGUCUGGACUGCGACUGGUACAAGGGUAAACUGCGCGACAGGGUGGGCAUCUUCCCGGCAGUCUUUGUGCGACUCUGCCCAGCUGAGGCAAAAAGUAUGCCUGCUUUAUCACUGAAAGGGAGGAAAGCCAAAGCCCUAUAUGAUUUCCGUGGAGAGAAUGAAGAUGAGCUUUCCUUCAAGGUUGGAGAUGUAAUCACAGAGCUGGAAUCUGUAGAUAAUGACUGGAUGAGCGGAGAACUGAUGGGAAAGUCGGGAAUAUUUCCCAAAAAUUAUGUUCAGGUUUUACAAGGCAACUAAAGGUGAAGCUUGACUGUGUUCCUUGGCGCAAGAACUCACUUGAACUUUCACUUUGACUAUCAGAUUUGUUUUUGCACUAUUUUUUUAAACCGAAAGAAAUACCUACGCUGUACAUGGUACACACGCAGAAAGCAUCCAGGUGUUGCAGGCGGCUUUCACGCACGGCGGAAGCGUGACCGUGGAAGCCCACGAGUCAGUGUCCUGCCCAGGGAAACGCCCCGCGAGUCUGGAGGGCAGGUGCACCAGGAGCUAGGGAGGCUCGCGAGCUAAGUGGUGCUGCACGUCUGUGUUCGUCAGCACAAAUAAAUUACCCCUGAUUCUUCUGUUUCUGCUCUAGUUUAAAAAGAGGACGUUUGCUAUUCUACCUGCUGCAACGAUCAGGAUGUCGUUUGCUAAUCUAAAUUUCAGUUUUGAUACUCAGAUUAAUUCUAACGGCUUGAACGCAUUAUCCUGUUACCAGGGCAGGCAGAGCCUUGCUUCAGGAGGGCGUGGUGCGCCGCCCAGGUGGAAGCUGUGGGCACGGGGUGAAUUCGCGCAAACUGCUCCCCGAGUCAGUGUUUCCCCAAGAAUUGGAAUGGGGUUGAAAUGGGAUGUAUCUUAAUCAAAAGAGCCAAAAUCAUCCUGAAAUAUCUUGCUAAUACAACUAACUCUUCCACAUGCCUGCUGUACUUACCCCCCCCCAUGUAUACUUUAUGUUAACAGGGUUAUUAUAAAGUACAUUUUCUGAAUAUGCAAUCACUCUUUGGACAAUUACUGGUACCCGAAGAAAUUAAUUUUCUUUGCAUUACCCCAGUAAUAUAUAAAAGCUGUGUCUUGUAGUAGUGGCGCAUUAGAAAUCACAUGCAUCUCAAAUUACGGAGCUACUGUUGAGGUAGAAAACUUGCGCGGAACCCCUGUGGCGGGGCUCUUCCCAGCGCGAGCACAGGGCAGGCUGACGUAAGAGGACUGAAGGCUGAUGGUUUCUGGGGUUUAUUCCUCUUCGCUCAGCCCACCCUCGCAUAAUUAUUCCAGUAAAUAAAAAUCCACUUUCCUACUUUCUACUGUCGAGCAUUCCAGGCUUGAGACAAAUAGUGGUUCUUGACGUGACUCAAUCAAUUACACUUUAUGGGCGACAGCCAAGUCGGUUGAAGACAAUCUUCCACACAGAUCGAUGGCAUAGAUUUUCACUGGCGAGGUAAACCGCGUUCCCAGCAAUGCCCACAACUUCUGUCUUUGAGAAAAGUUUUAGAAGCUUUUGUUACUAUUUUCCAUUGUCCAGAAGUCUUAGGCAGCCAGCAGCCAAGCCUGAGGUGAGGACGGCGCUCACAGGGACCUGCCGGGAAAGCAGCGUCACGGCGUCUUCCCUGAUGCUCAUCUCCCUGUCACAUGGUUACACUCGAUUUUGCAGUACAGGAACCGUUUCUUCCACGUUUUGAGUAAAGAAGACAAAAUAAAGCAAGUUCUCAGUAAAUGCUACCCGAGUGAUUUCAUGAAAAAUGGAUGACUUGAAGCGUUUUUUCAACCAAAUUCCCAUUUGCGGCGAGCUGUACUACAGAGGGCAGAGAUGUCGGCAAUAGGACGUGAGGUGUAUACUUCUUUGUGUGAUUUUAACAUCUUAGAUUGAAGAUUGAUUAGCUUUAUUGGAGGAAAAGAUCCCAUUAAAAUUUGACCUGUCAGCAGAAUGACAAGUGCAAUAGUUGUAAAUCUACUUGACACUAUAAUAAAUUGAAUUGAACUUUUAAGUCCUUUUACCAG